AAGAACAGUUCUAGCAAGAAGCCCACACAGUGAACUUCUUCAGUCAUUUUUGCUCAUCUACAUUAAGGCUUUGAGUCAAGUUGAACUUUGUUGCGGGUCGAAGCAAAAUCAUGGGGACAUCCAUUUCGGCACAACUUAAGGAGCAACAGGAAAAAAAUGACGAGAAAGCAGUGCAAGAGCUACAGAUGCUGCAAGAGUUGAUGGUCAACAAAGUUGCCGCCGCUACAGCAAAGAUGAGGGAGGAAGCGCUCCGAGACACUAAUCUCCCAAUUGUGGCGUUUGUCGACACAAUAGAGAAGUAUUCUGUCAGCGUGUCAAACGUGCCUGAUGAGGAGAUAACUAAAUCACUCAAAGAUAUGUUUGGUGGAAACUUUCUAGGAGGUCUUAUAGGCGUUAUCGGCGUGGCCCUCAAUCAGUUCUUGGGAAACACACAGGUUGGCGCAAGUGAGCAGAAUGAUUACCACAUCAUCUUUAGCAAUAACAGCCUCAUGCGAGUCGAUGUUAUGUUUUACAAGUACGAGUUUUCAUCCAAAGGAAUUCAAGAUAAACGUCAGAAUGGGUUCUGCUACUCUACACAAGCUGCCGUUCUCGACCUCAAGAAGGUGAACCCCCAAGUCCUGUUAUACGGGCUCACACGAGCUAUUGGCCAAGAAAAUAUUCCCGAAGCAGUAAAAGAGCUUCAUACAUUGGCUGGGUUUGGAGAGGAGUUGUACCACGUAAUCAACAAGUUGAACACGGAAGCCAAGAAAAGCACUACAGAUUCUGAUGAUGACCCGGAUGACCGUGAAGAGCAAAUAAGACAACCAAGCGACGAAGAAGAUCAUGAAGAACAUAACGUUUAGAAGUCCAAUAGGCUACCUUAAAAUCUACCUUACAGUAGAUUUUAAAACAGACAAAAGUUUUCAAAACUUUUCAAUCGCCGGAAAUUGCCCGAAUUGUUUUCAAGCUGAGCAAAAUAGCAUUCCGUUAUAAACUUUAUCUUAUUUUUGAUUCAAUGUAACAGAUACAUAUAUAUAUUUAUAUAUAUGUUUAUAUAUAUAUAUAUAUAUAUUUUUUUUUUCAAUACGUGUUAUCGAUACUGGUUGUGUGUCAGUUAAGACAGGGCUGAAAGUCAUUGUUCGUGAAAAAAGAAGUUGUUAGAGUAACAUUAUGAGUUUUCAGUUUAAUCGCUUUAACAGUAAAAGUGCUUGGAUUGGAUUUGAUUAGAAUAAAGCAAUUGCAAAAUCUC